GUUUGUAGGAUUGCCUAAGCAUAUCUAUUUCUGAGAGUACUAUAAAUGAUAUCAUUAUUUUGCAUCUCAUCGGUGAACUCAAUUUUUGUUAUUCUGGGACGCGUGCGAAUGUUUUAUUGUUACAAAUCAAUUAGAAAUUGGUUGUAAACAAUGGUGGUGCACGCGUUUCCCAUUGCGAAGUUAGGUGCUUUGUUAGUGAAACAAGUGAGUAAACCCAUAGCAAAGUUCUGCCAGGAAAGCGCCAAAUCUUCUCCAGUUUUUAGGAAAUAUGUAUGCAUUCCACCAGCCACUGUAUACAAUUGGUGUGAAGUGAAGAUGAAAAUGUGGAUCCUGAACUUGGGCAAACCUGUGAACAUCCCUGUCCUGAAUGAAGCUAUGGCAAUUGAACUUGGUGCUAGCUUGUUAGGUGAAGCUGUUAUAUUUAUCAUAGCUUCUGGGAUCCUAAUAGCUGAGUAUACUAGGUCAGCUAGGAAAGAGGAGCGGAAGGAACAAGAAAUUAAAGCAGAGAAGAAGAAACUCAAUGAAGCACUGCAGGAUCUAUACUUCAUGACUCAAAAGCAGGACACUCAGAUCAGAGAGUUGACUAGGAAAAUCUAUGAGAUGGAAGGAAAGGUUGUGCAGAAAUCUUGGAUGAAAAAGGGCGAUGAGAAGAGUGAACCUCCACCUACUUCACCACCACCUCUUGUACCCAAAUCUGAAUUGCUUGUUAAUAUUAUAUCUGAAGAAGUUGGUGAGAUGGAAGUUAAUACUAAGGAGGAAGAGCACAAAAUUAUUGAAUUGGUUGAGAAUAAGAAACAUGCAAUGAAAGAAGAAGGCAGUUUGCUUAUGAGAGCUGUGGCUUUAGUUGAAAAGGAUUUUUGGCUUCAGCAGGACCAAGAACGAGAUGUUGGUGUCCUGACAGCAGCUAUAAACCACCUGUAUAAAGAUGUUUAUAGAAUACCAUUAAGAUUAUAAAAUGUAUUAAAGAUGAUUUAAGGAUGCAAAA